GAUCUGGAUCAAUCACCACUGACCCAGUAAAUAGUAACCAGUACCUGAAGCCCCGUUCUCCCUCCCUUGAAAAUCUUAUACUCCCUCCGAUGCAAAAUUCCAGCUCGGUUUCUCCGGCGCCGCCCACAUGUGCCGAGACCACUGUGACUCCAAUCAAUCGUGCUCUGGAUUCGAAUAUGAUCGCGGAUCCAAGGGUUGCUCUUCAGAACCUCUCGACGGUUCGAAUGAGAAUGGGUUCUCUACAAAGCUUUCUAUCUGAAUCUAUCACCACCAAAGCUUUAGUCAGCGAGGACCAGAUGGACAUGGUGUCUAACGAGAUCGUCUCUGCCGUUCACCAGAUUAUCGUCAACGGCGCCGCCCUUGUCUCCUACUCCCAGAAUUUGACGGCCGCCGGCGCGCCGCCAUCAACGGCCUCAGGAGACUUACCAGAGCCACCAGAUACGGUAUAUUCGAUGAGGCAAGGGUUGAAUUAUUCUGGUACUGAGAAAGGCAAUUUGAAAAUUGAGGUCAUGGACGAUGAAGAAGCGAAGGAUGGUGACGAAAAUUGUGUGAUCGUGGAGCUCGACGCCGUUGAAUUGCUGGCGGAGCACGUUCAUUUCUGUGAAAUCUGCGGGAAAGGAUUCAGGCGUGACGCGAAUUUGCGAAUGCAUAUGCGUGCCCAUGGAAACCAAUUCAAAACCCCCGAAGCGUUGGCGAAGAAACCCUCUGAUAAAUUGGACGUCGCUCGUGGUGGUAAAACGGUGCGAUUCUCUUGCCCAUUCGAAGGUUGCAAUCGGAACAAGCUGCACAAGAAAUUCCGGCCUCUGAAAUCGGUCAUUUGCGUGAAGAACCACUUCAAAAGAAGCCAUUGUCCGAAAACGUAUUCCUGCAAUCGGUGCCACAAGAAGAAUUUCUCGGUGCUUUCGGAUCUGAAGAGCCAUUUGAAGCAUUGUGGGGAGGCAAAGUGGAAGUGUUCCUGUGGGACCACCUUUACAAGGAAAGACAAAUUGUUCGGCCACAUAGCUCUGUUUGAUGGGCAUAUGCCAGCUCUUGCAGGGGAUGAAGAAGAGAAAGGGAAUCAAAUUGUUGAUAUGAAUAUAAUGUUACAGGAAGAAGAACAAGAAACAGGGCUAAAUUAUUUGGAUGAGCAAUUACCAGAAGGAUUUUUUGACGACUUAGAUGAAUUUGGCCCGAUGAUUCUCUAACACUGCAAUUUAUGGAGGAAUUUCCAGAAACUUAUGAAACUUGCAGAUGAUUCAUCUAUGCACUGUGUUUGGAGAAGUUUAAAAAUGGAAUUUUAUGGAUGCUAUACAGUACUGCAUGCCUGUUUCUGUUUUGAACACUCACAUUCACACGCUAUUUGCUGCAAUUUGAUAGCUUCCCUGUUGUUUAUAACCCAACCAGUGAAUGUAUUGUGAACAAUAUACUGUAUUCUUAAUUUUCCUUUUACUUUUCCCUAUCACUCCCAUUACAUCCAUAUAUACAUACAAAGCACAAAGAGGCUCACGCACGUAUAGCACAUCCGGGCGCGUGUUCACACAUAGGUAACAUGAUAAUGCAACUUUUAGUCUUCUUUUAUAUCUAGGAGAGUUUUUUACAUGAUUGUUCAUAUUUAAUUUUUUAUCACUUCAGUUCUUAACAUUUCAUAAAAUUAUUUAAGUGGUUCUUUAUAUUAUAAAAAAAAUAACACCAUUAAA